AUUACGUGACGAUUGAUAGUGCAGUUGCAAAAUAUGGACAAAUCGGACUGUUUGAUAAAUCCGCACUCAUCGAGAGACGUUCGCUACCACUGGUAAUAGAAAAGACGGCCCAGAGGAGCAAUAAAGCCAUUGUGGUGAUAGCGUGAAGCAUAUACAUGUAACUGCGGCGCAUGUAUAUAUAGCAGCGAGUUCUCACUCGAGCACUAGUUCUCUUCUUGUUUCGCCCGUUUGCUUAUUAAAAUAUUUGGAAGCACGGUUCUUCGACGCAAACGGAUCAUUAUUGGAACGUUUUUCAAAUCCGGUGAAAAAUGGCUAAGGACAAUCUCACCGCUAUACUAUACGGCAUCAACGAUUUACGUCUGGAGAACACUAACAUCGAGGAACCAGGAGACGAUGAAGUGCUUCUGGAAAUGGGAUGCGUAGGAAUCUGCGGAUCAGAUGUCCAUUAUCUCGUAAAUGGUAGGAUCGGCGACUUUAUAGUGAAGAAACCCAUGAUCAUUGGUCAUGAGUCUUCCGGUACUGUCGCUAAACUUGGGAAAAAUGUUAAGAAUUUGGAGGUCGGUGAUCGCGUUGCCAUCGAACCCGGUGUUCCCUGCAGGACUUGCACGUUUUGUAAAGAGGGACGUUACAACUUGUGCAAGGAUGUAGUGUUUUGUGCUACUCCACCUUCGCAUGGCAGCCUAAGACGUUAUUACAAACACGCAGCUGAUUUUUGCUUUAAGUUACCUGAUCACGUAAGCUUAGAGGAAGGAGCACUUUUAGAGCCGUUGUCAGUAGGAGUGCAUGCUUGCAAACGAGGCGAAAUCGGAAUUGAUUCUAAAGUAUUAAUUCUGGGGGCUGGUCCCAUCGGUCUAGUGACGUUGUUAGUAGUCAAAGCCAUGGGCGCAAACAAAGUGGUUAUCACGGAUAUUGUAGAAAGUAGACUGAAAAUGGCAAAGAAACUCGGUGCUGAUGAUACGUAUCUGGUACAAAAGGAUAGAUCGGAGAAGGAUACAAUAGCUGAUAUUCACGCAAUUUUUGGGGAUGAACCAAACAGGACAAUAGAUGCUUCUGGUGCACAAGCAUCGAUUCGUCUGGCAAUUCUUGCAACCAAAUCUGGUGGAGUCGUGGUAUUGGUGGGAAACACUGCUCCAGAAGUACAAAUUCCACUAAUUAACGCACUAAUUAGGGAAGUUGAUAUCAGAGGUAUCUUCCGAUAUGUAAAUGACUAUGACGAUGCAUUGAAUCUUGUUGCAUCUGGCAAGAUAGAUGUGAAGCCAUUGAUCACUCAUAACUACAAAAUAGAGGAAUCCAAGGAGGCCUUUGAGACCAGCAGAACUGGAGCAGGUGGAGCUAUUAAAGUUAUGAUUCACUGUAAAUAAUAAGUGAAUUAUAGAAGGAUUCUGAGUGUCAGAAUGUCAAAUGCAAUCAUAAUUUUCUGCAAAAAACACUAUGUGAUAAAAUUAUAGAUUGUAAUAUGUUAAACUACAUAAUGUUAUUUGAAAUUUUUGUGUAGACAGUAAGCUUUAACUUGCUUGUUUACAUAUUAUCUCGUAUCACAAUAUGAAAUGUUAAUCUAUAUGUGAUGCAUAUUUUAUGUCUUUUUGAUAAAAAUUACAAUUUGCUUGAAUACCAUGAUUUUUUAAUAUCAUUGUACAGACAUUGUAUAAAUAUGUAUAAUACGUUAUAUUAUAGAAUCAAUGGCUUAGAAGAAUGGUGAUAUAUUCGUAACAAUUGCUAAAUUUUAAUGACAAUAAUAAUGCUCAUGUUUGUUUUCUUAGAAUAAGAAAUAUAUAUUUUACAUAUACGAACAAUAAAGUUUUAUUCUGGAUAAAUCUUUGCACAAAACUGAUAUUUACUAAUUAUUAUCAUUUUCUUUGCCUCUUCGAGAUAUUUUAAACAAAUUGGGAUAUUUUUUAUGUACUUAGAGUAUUUUUUUUACCAUUGUAAGUUUAUGCCCUGAUGGAAAUAAUUUGUUGAAAGUACUAUGGAAUCGAUAAAAAGUAAAAUGAAAGU